AUGAAGAAGGUUUUGUUUGUCCUCACUGCUCUGAAGCCGGUUGUCUUUGAAGCUUCAACCGACAAGGACAAAGAGACUGAACGCGAGAAGCAACAGAAGGAAUUGGACUCUUGGGUUGAAAAUGACUUCCUCUAUAAGAAUUUUAUUCUUAACGGUUUAUCUGACGACCUAUAUGAUUAUUAUAAUUCAGAUAAAUCUGCAAGUGAAAUUUUGGAGGCGUUGCAAAAGAAAUAUGUUACAGAGGAGGCAGGAACCAAAAGAUAUGCUGUCAGCCGCUACCUGAAAUAUCAAAUGGUGGACGAUAAAUCUGUGGAAGCCCAAUCUCACGAACUUCAAAAAAUCGCGCAUGAGAUUAUCUCAGAAGGUAUGACUCUUGAAGAACAGUUUCAAUUUGUUGUUUUCAUUGACAAAUUAUCUCCUUCUUGGAAGGAUUUCAAAAGAGUACUCAGGCAUAAGACUGAGGAAUUUUCCUUAGAGAAUUUGAUCACCCGCCUUCGUAUCGACGAGGAAGCAAGGAAACAAGACCAGAAAGAAGAGGUGCUUGUUGUCUCUAACAACAACCCCAAGAAGUCCAAACCUGCAGUUCUGAAGCCUAAUGGAAAAAAUUUUAAGAAUCAGAACUGCAACUCUAAUUCAAAUUCCAACCGCAACAACCAGAACACUCCUCGAAACAAAAAUCAAAGUCGGAACCAUAACAGGAACCAACCUGGAAAAUAG